AUGCUUAAAGAAGAGUGUGGUUUCCCAGAUACUGCUGACUUUAGUGACAGAUAUAAAGAAGCUAUUGGAAAGUUCAAGGAUGGAAAUACUGACCCGAACCUAUUUAGCUUUAUGGCUCAGCACCAAAACGGAUAUAAUCUCAAACCUGGAAAAUACAAGCUCGCUAAGGGAUAUGAUUUAAUAGCAUAUCAUCCAAAUGACAUGGAUGAAUUUACUCCGAGAUAUUUGAUGUCAGAGCUAAAUGACAAUUCAACUUUCGUCAUGAAACGCGUAAAAAAUAGAGACGGAACGAAAGAACAAAAGCUUAUGAAUGCGGAUGACGUAGAUAGGGAAAUUGUUAAAAACGGUCUCGGAAUAUAUGAAAUGCCAGCAGAUGAGGUACAAGAAACUCCACAGGAAGAAAUAGUUCAGAUACAACCAGACAUGGAAGAAAUAGUUCAGCAACAACAGCUAGAAGAGCCUGAAGGAAACGAACAAGUCACUCCUUUGGAAACUAACUUCACAGAACUAGAUGAAGAUUUGGAACAGCCGAAAAAUCUUGACCCUCAACAAGAGCAUGAGGUGAAUAUGGAAUCUUUCCAAGAGUCUAAGAAAGAUUCGGCUGACAUAGUAGAAGAAUAUCGAAAAAUGUUUGCCGACAUACAAAAGACUCCAACACCAGAUGAAAAUAUUCAGCAUAGAAUGAAAGUACUGAAAGAAAAUGUACACAAAUACAACAACCCUUUUUACUUACGAGCAUUUAACGUUCAAUCUUCGGAUGAACUCGGUGAAGAUAAAAGGUUAAAUUUCAAGAAAACAUAUAGAAAUGAAACAUUGUUUAAAGUUCAUUCAGAACCUAACCAA